CGACGAGUCAAGUCCUGUGAGCGAAGAACAGGAGUCUUCCUCGACUGACGGUGGGGGCGCCGAUAUAGCCCUGAAGGUCAUCAGUAAGGACAGUCGGACAGGUGAGCCCACGAUGUCAACGCAAGGUUUUCAACCGAGAGAAGAAAAGGGGCGGAGAAGACCGGGCAGUGCCUGGAGAGAACGCCAAGAUGACCCGUACGCGGCCGACAGAUCUGCGUUGGAAAGUGAGAACGGAUGCGACAGCAGCGAGGAAAGUUUUGAUCAAAGUAAAGCGACUCCAUUCUACGUGGGUAAAAUAACGGGCAAGGAAAUCAUCGACUGUACUGCAAGUAGAGCUGAAAGUAGAGCUGACGCUGUUACAAAGAACUCGCUCUCGGUUAAAACUCAACAAUCUAUUUCCGGUGAAAAAUUAAAGCAAGUCGAGUUAACAGACGAAUCAGGGGACAACCCGCUUUUCGACGCCAAAUCUGAAGACCAGC